AUUCAAUUAGAGCGUGAAAUUCUACUUCAUCCAAAAUAUUUUGGUCCAAAUUUAAUCCAAACUGUCAAAGCAAAGCUCUUUUCAGAUAUUGAAGGCACUUGCACUGGAAACCAUGGGUUUAUUGUGGCUGUUACAAAUAUCGAGCACAUUGGCGCCGGAAAAUUGCUUCCCAAUAGAGGAUUUGUUCAGUACCCUAUUGUUUAUCGAGCGGUUGUUUUUCGUCCCUUCAAAGGUGAAGUCAUUGAUGCUGUCGUAACACAAGUCAAUAAAGUUGGCGUCAUUGCCGAAGCUGGCCCUCUCAACAUAUUCAUUUCCAAAUAUUCUAUCCCAAAUAAUGUGAAAUUUGAAGGAGCCGAACCCAAUGAAAAUUCAAAUGAAGAUGAGGGUGAAGAAGACGAGGUAAGUCCCUCAAUCACGCAAGUAAUUCAAUUAGAGGAUCGUAUUCGUGUUAGAAUUAUCGGUCUUCGUGUGGACUCUAGCGCAAUCUUUGCUGUUGGAACACUCAUGGAUGAUUAUCUAGGCCCUACUGUGUAA